AUGGAUGAAGAUGAAAUUGACCGUGUAGAAGCACCACUUGCAUCCGCGCCUAGUAAUCGUCAUAACAGAUUGCUUGGUAUCAGCAGUAGACGCUCCACCAUUUUGGCGAUACCCACAAACCAAGAAGAACCACCUACCGAAGAUCCCAACUUGACACAGGAAGAAAAUCAGCAAUUGAAAGCAGAAUAUGAAGCAGUGAAAUCAAUGAACCGAGCAAUGGAGAGCAUUUUGGAGGAUUUUGGAGAAGCAAGCAACAAGAUACAUCAAUUCACAGACACUGUGAAUAGUACGAAUACAUUACUGGACGUAUGGAUGAAUAUAUUAGAGAAAACGCAGGAUAUCAUGUCUGUGCACGAGGAUAAGACCUGGAAGCCAAAUAGUAGGAAACGCCGUGCAGUGGAUGAACUCAAUAAUGGAGGUGGUAGAGCGUAA